AAUAGACAGUCCGCGCCGCACCACCGCUCUUCGCUUACAUCUUCUCCGCGUAUUUUUUUUCGUGUAAAAUACUCUCAGCAAUCUCAUCAGAUGCUCAAUCAAACAUAUCAGAUAUUAACUAGUGUAAUUUUAUUCUUCUUUGAAGUGCGGCGUGAACACAGCGAUUAAAGGUUGUGAGACGUAAGCAAUAACGCGUGUAUUUCGUCACGUAAGCAUUAGUGUGAAUUGUAUUGGUGAUUGUGUCAGGUUGAUAUUAGGUUUUAAGGAUCAGUCAGUCCUCUGUGGGCGGCGAGACGCUACGUUAGCGUCGCGAUAUUUGGGAGAAUUUAGAGUUGGCUCGCGAGUGGUAAACGCCGGCGCCUAGCGGAACGGUGUGGAAACGUCAGCGUAUGUGCGAUGAGAUGCGUGAAAAACUGUCUGAACUCCUGCGCGGCUCGGUGCGUGCGACCACGCAGACGGCCAACCCCGACAAACUGCACAAUGGCGGCAUUUCCAACGUGCUCGUGUUCCCCGAUCAAGGGAGUGCACGCGAAGGCGGACUGGUGUGGCGCGGGUGCUCCGGCGGCUGCGACGCCGAAGGCGGCGCGACGGGCGCGCUUGACGAUAGCAGCCUCAACCCAGGAGACAAGUUGGAGGGGUCGGACGCAGCUCCGGACGACCCUGUUCACCUCAAGAGACGGGUGGGACUCUUCAGUGGGGUGGCUCUAAUCGUUGGCACCAUGAUAGGCUCGGGAAUUUUCGUCUCGCCCUCAGGGCUUUUGGAGCGGACGGGCUCGGUGGGCAUAAGCUUCAUCAUAUGGAUGGCAUGUGGCCUGCUCUCACUGCUCGGAGCGCUUGCAUAUGCGGAGCUAGGAACGAUGAAUACGUCGUCAGGAGCUGAGUAUGCAUAUUUCAUGGACGCAUUCGGAGGACCACCCGCGUUCCUCUUUUCAUGGGUAUCGACAUUGGUGCUGAAACCAUCACAAAUGGCCAUAAUCUGUCUGAGCUUCGCCAAGUAUGCGGUGGAGCCGUUCGUGUCGGAGUGCGAACCGCCAAGCAGUCUCGUCAAACUAGCUGCAGUCAUUUGUAUUGUUAUGAUUUUGGCGGUGAACUGCUACAGUGUGAAUCUGGCAACUAAUGUCCAGAACACGUUCACGGCAGCAAAGCUGGUGGCUGUGGCGAUCAUCGUCUGUGGCGGCGCCUACAAACUGAUAUUAGGUAAUACGCGACAUUUACAGGAGCCCAACUUCGCCAGUAGCACGGCGACGCUGGGCAACAUAGCCACCGCAUUCUACACCGGCCUUUGGGCCUACGACGGCUGGAAUAACCUCAACUAUGUCACUGAGGAAAUUAAAAAUCCCUCCAAAAAUCUCCCACUGAGUAUAAUAAUCGGCAUACCGCUGGUAACACUAUGCUACGCCCUGGUGAACGUAUCGUACUUGGCGGUAAUGUCGGUGAACGAGAUGACCGACAGCGAGGCGGUGGCCGUCACCUUCGGCAACCGCCUACUCGGGCCCAUGGCCUGGCUCAUGCCGCUCGCCGUUACCAUCUCCACCUUCGGGUCUGCUAACGGCACUCUAUUCGUCGCUGGAAGGCUUUGCUUUGCGGCUUCGCGGGAGGGUCAUCUAUUGGACAUACUAUCAUAUGUUCAUGUGCGUCGAUUCACUCCUGCGCCUGGACUGAUAUUCCAUUCUUUGAUAGCGGUGACGAUGGUGCUGUACGGGACGAUAGACUCUCUGAUCGACUUCUUCUCAUUCACUGCGUGGAUAUUCUAUGGGGGCGCUAUGCUCGCGCUGAUCGUCAUGCGAUAUACUAAACCCGAUGCACCGAGACCAUAUAAGGUGCCAAUAGUGAUUCCGUAUGCCGUGCUGCUGGUGUCGGCGUACCUAGUCGUGGCCCCCAUCAUAGACAAGCCUCAAUGGGAGUACCUCUACGCCACCGCGUUCAUAUUUGCCGGCCUGCUGUUCUACUUGCCCUUCGUCAAAUGGGGCUAUACAUUGCCGUUUAUGGAUAAAAUUACCGUAUUCCUGCAAAUGGUGCUGGAAGUGGUGCCAACUUCGACGACGUUUGAGUACUAGGCAGUCUGCGCUGGACUUUAAAAUAGCAUUUGUGACAAAAUUAGAAAUUAUUGUUAAUUAUAAUGACACCCUAUCGUUUUGUUAUUUUACCCACAAGAAUGUACGGGUGGCAUUGAUAUUUGUUGUUUUCAUCUCAUUAAUUAAAAGUUUAUAAAUGCCAAUUCAUUGAGUGAAACAGACGAAAUAUUAUGUAUUCAUAAUAUAUUUUUUUAUAUUUUAGAGUGAUGAAAACAAACAAAAGACGAUCUAAUACUUUUGAAUCUAUUAUUUUUGACUGAAAUGUUGUUCCUUAUUCAUAGAUUUUUAAAUGGGUGUAAAAUGACAGAAUAUUUGCAAUAAUUAUUUAUCGUUUAAUAAAAAUAAUAUAUCUUUCAAUAUUGAAAUGAUGUUUACAUAAUCAACAAAUAACAUGGGCUAUUCAAAAUGCCCAAAUAUAUUUAUUAUACAUCUCCAUAAAACGUUAAUCCAUAUGAUAAAAUGUAUAUUACUUAGAAGAAACAGCCGACUGGCAUAUUUUUGUGAACAUAGAUGAAUAGAGCAUCAUCAUCGUUCAUUUCAUUAGUUUGCACGAAUCAUUCCUAUGGGGUCAUGCUGUUGAGAUGUUAAAGCUUCGCCUAUUUUAUAUAUUCAGCCAAUAUAUAUAUAUAUAUGGAUAACAGGAUAAAUGAGAACACAGAAAUUCAAUAAUAAAUAAUUCUAAGUUUUGUGAGUAUGAAGUUAAACCGGUUAUUCCGGUGUUAAGGAUCGUGGUCCAUGCACAUCGAAUCCGUAUGCAGCACUAAUUCGUAAAAGAAAUUACUCGUGGUCACACUGGUGUAGCAAAACAAUGUCCGUCAUGUUCAGCACGAUUACAUGGAAUUUUACAUAAUUCCAUACAAAGAACAAGGAGUGCAUUGGUCUUAAAAUAGGGCCCAUUAAAUAAGCAAUUAACUGUUUACACACUCAGUCAAUUAUUUAAGAGAUAUUUUACGAAAUCAUUCCAACCCAGGAAUAUAAAUAGAUAAUUAACAACGUGGCUGCUUCUAACGGCAAUUCUCAUUAAGCAUGGAGCCCUAUUCGCAUCACUAUGAGUGAUUGUGCUAAACUCAUAGUUCGUAGAUCAUGUCCAUCACUAGACAACAUAGCAAUGGAGAAUCUAGAUAUAGUGUGUUUAUUAAUUUACAAAAGUUUUUGCGGUUUUUACUCACUGUGAAGGGGAUAGCAAUAUUAUAUAAUUUAUUGUACCAUGUCUUUGUUGACGUUAGAUUUCAGAUAUAAACUAAACAGUGACGUAAGAUAGCAUUUUCGUCCCAAAUAGUAUAAGAGAUCUAGGGUUUUGUUACAGGUACAUGCUACCCCCAAAUCAAAGACUAAAAUGUGUGUUUUCUAACAAAUUACGUAUUAACAAUGUUCAGAUGGAAAGCUUUGCGACUGGUAAAAUUUGGUCCUAUCAUUCCUUACCGGGGCAUAGCGACACCGUCAGCAUUCUGUUAUUAUUAAAAAUAUUUUUAUAUUUAUUGUUUGUAUUAAGGUUUUCUCAGAGAAGUUUUUAUAAAAAAAAGUAGUCUAUAAAACCCUUGUUACAAGCUUCAAAAACAAUAUUUUGCCAAAAUUUGUAGAAAAUUCUACUUAAGGACUAAGUAAAAGUGGGCACACGGCAAGUACACACCUAACGAUGUGAUAUUGUUAUGGGUAGUAACGAAUGGUUUUAUUUUGUAUAAAGAAAUAUCAUAACUACAACAUAAAAUUGCAUAAAUAUAAAUAACUAUGUAUGUACUUAUCUCUGAAAGAGAAUAUAAUAUUUAUUGUUAUACAACUACAAUUAAAUAAAAUUUUAAAUAAAGACAAAAUUAAAGCAUA